CAGGGCCUCUGGGCCUGACCGAAUGCGCGGGGCAGGAGCCGGAGGAGGAGCCGGGGGAGGGGCCGAGCUUCCCCGAAGGAAGCGGUGUUGGGGGCGGUCCCUCCCCAUUCGCUCCCCUCCCUGGGACCUGCCCCACCCGCAGACUGGCCGCGCAGCCAGGCAGAAGUUGGAUCCUCCCUCCCGUGGCCACGGAUCGCACCGAGGAGUGGAGAAGCCGGAACGGGCCGAGGUUGGGGUUGGGGCCGGGGCCGGGGCCGGAGCCGGUGGGAGCAGCGAGCGGGCUGGGACUCAAGCAGACCCAAGGCAGGUGAGUCACAGGCUGACCUGCUGCUGCUGCUGGAGGUCAGCCGCUGCCCAAAGACUUUUUCGUGGCCAGCCUUCCCAGACGAGAAUCAUGGGCUCCAUGUUCAGGAGUGAGGAGGUGGCCUUGGCCCAGCUCUUCUUGCCCACAGCCGCUGCCUACACCUGUGUGAGCGACCUGGGAGAGCGGGGCCUGGUGGAGUUCCGAGAUCUAAAUGCCUCCGUGAGCAGCUUUCAGCGGCGCUAUGUUGGGGAGGUGCGACGCUGCGAGGACCUGGAAAAGACCUUCUCCUUCCUGCAGGAGGAGGUGAGAAGAGCCGGCCUCACUCUCCCGGAGCCCCAGGGGAACCCGGAGGCACCGCCCCCCAAGGACCUGCUGCGCAUCCAGGAGGAGACCCAGCGGCUGGCCCAGGAGCUGCGGGAAGUGCGGGGUAACCACCAGGCCAUGCGCACUCGGAUGCACCUGCUCCAGCAACACAUUGCGGUCCUGCAGCAGGGGCCCUACACCCGAGGCCAGCAUCUUCCAGAUGCCCCACCCAACCAGCCCUUGGAAGAGACUCCUUUACUCGACCCCCCGGCUGGGCCACGAGGAGAUCUCAGGAUUAGUUUUGUGGCAGGGGCCAUCCAGCCGUGGCGAGCCGGUGCCCUGGAGCGUCUCUUGUGGCGGGCAUGCCGUGGCUACCUAAUUGCCAGCUUCAUGGACAUGGAAGAGCCCCUUGAAGACCCCCUCACGGGCGAGAGCGUGUCCUGGGUCAUCUUCCUCAUCUCUUACUGGGGAGAGCAGAUUGGACAGAAAAUUCACAAGAUCACAGACUGUUUUCACUGCAAUGUGUUCCCGUAUCCGGAUCGUGAGGAGGAGCGUCUGGCCAGCGUGCAGCACCUGCAGGAGCAGAAGCAGGACCUGGGCUUGGUGCUCCAGGAGACAGAGCAGUUCCUGGGGCAGGUGCUCCACAAGGUACAAGGCCUGCUGCCCCCAUGGCAAGUGCAGAUCCGCAAGAUGAAGGCCGUCUACCUCAUGCUCAAUCAGUGUAGCCUCAGCGUCACCGACAAGUGCCUUAUUGCGGAGGUCUGGUGCCCCACACGCGACCUCUUCACCCUGCAGCAGACCCUGAACGAGAGUUCGCUUCGAAGCGGGGCAGGCGUAGGGACUGUGGUACAUCGAAUCCCCUCCAGAGACUCGCCCCCAACACUCGUCCGGACCAACCGCUUUACCGCCAGCUUCCAAGGCAUCGUGGAUGCCUACGGCGUGGGGCGCUACCAGGAGGUGAACCCAGCCCCCUACACCAUCAUCACGUUCCCCUUCCUCUUUGCCGUCAUGUUUGGGGACGUGGGGCACGGGCUGCUCAUGUUCCUCUUUGCCCUGGCCAUGGUGCUUGGAGAGAAUCGGCCCAGCAUGAAGGCCUCGCAGAAUGAGAUCUGGAGGACUUUCUUCGGAGGUCGGUACCUGCUUCUCCUUAUGGGAGCCUUCUCUGUCUACACCGGCUUCAUCUACAAUGAAUGCUUCAGCCGAGCCACGACAAUCUUCCCCUCUGGCUGGAGCAUCAGGGCCAUGGCGAACCAGUCCAAUUGGAGCUCAACCUUUCUAGCCAGUCACCCGACCCUCACCUUGGAUCCCAAUGUCACUGGUGUCUUCCUGGGACCCUACCCCUUCGGGAUCGAUCCGAUCUGGAGCUUGGCCAUCAACCAUCUGAGCUUUCUCAACUCUUUCAAGAUGAAGAUGUCUGUGAUCCUGGGCGUCCUGCACAUGACCUUUGGGGUCGUCCUGGGCGUCUUUAACCACCUACACUUCCGGGAGCCCCACCGGCUGGUGCUCGAGUUCCUGCCAGAGAUGCUCUUCCUCCUGGGCCUCUUUGGCUACCUGGUGUUCAUGAUCGCCUACAAGUGGCUGUGCUUCUCAGCUGCCAACUCAUCCCAGGCACCCAGCAUCCUUAUCUACUUCAUCAACAUGUUCCUCUUUUCUCAGAGUCCCAACAAGAAGCCCCUUUACCUCCACCAGGAGCCCGUGCAGAUGUUUCUGGUGAUCCUGGCUGUGGCCUCAGUGCCUGUCCUCCUGCUGGGGACACCCCUAUAUCUGUGCUCCCAGCACCGUCGGAGGAGACGGCAGGGCCGCCAGCUGCAGAGCUCAGAGAAAACCCACCUCCUGGGGGAGGCAGGUGAAUCCUCCCUGAAUGGCCUGAGGGACGAGGAUGAUGAGGAGAAAGCGAGACUGGUGGAGGAGGAGGAGCACAAAUUUGAAUUCUCGGACAUCUUCAUGCACCAGGCCAUUCACACCAUCGAGUACUGUCUGGGCUGCAUCUCCAACACUGCCUCCUACCUUCGCCUCUGGGCCCUGAGCCUGGCCCACGCCCAGCUCUCAGAAGUGCUGUGGACCAUGGUGAUGCACAGUGGCCUGGCCAUAGACCAGGAGAUAGGCAUAGCCAGCUUGGCGCUGGUCCCCAUUUUUGCUGCCUUUGCCGUACUCACUGUGGCCAUCCUGCUGGUGAUGGAGGGGCUGUCUGCCUUCCUGCAUGCCCUGCGUCUGCACUGGGUCGAGUUCCAGAACAAGUUUUAUGCUGGCACCGGCUACAAGCUGAGCCCGUUUACCUUUGUGGUAGAGGACAGCAUCCUGUAGACUCUCAGCCCAUGCUGCUCUCCCUUCCCCCUGCCCCCAGGGUUACCAAACAGGAAUAAAAGAAUGGAAAGAA